AUGGAUUGUUGUUAUGAAUGUGAUUGCUGUUAUGAAUGCGAUUGUUGUUAUGAAAUUGAUUGCUGUUAUGAAAUAAAUUGUUGUGAUCCUUGUGAUGAUAUUCAAAUAACAUAUGUUAAAACGGUGCCAAUAUGUGAAGAGAUCAUAUGCGUCGAUGCAAAACCUCGCAAGUGUUGUCCAGAACCAGUUGAAUGUUGUGUUGAAUACAUAGCAUGUGAAAUUGAUCCAUGCGAAAUAUGAUCUCGUCCAGUUUUAGUUGUGAGUGAUCCUGAAUUUCUUUAUGAAGCUUUUAUCGAACAACUUUCUGGUUUACAGUGGCGUUGUCAACGUUAA